CACAGCACAAACCUCAUUCAUACAGAUAAUAGUGGCAAAAUCUACUUCACAGUGAGUUAAACAAGAGAGACAGUGUGAAAGAUCUAACGGAAAAAAAAAAGUAUAAUGGGGUGAAAGAUGACUGAAAAGCAGCUCAAGUGGUCGAAUUUCUCAAUCCAAUUUCUGGGUUUCAUUUUCUUUCCUCCUUUGCAAGUGCAAAGGAUUGGAGAUUUCAAACUCAGUUUUGGAUAUUAGUAUUGAAUUGUGGGUGCUUAAUUGAAGUUAUUUGCUUCUGCUGCUGAAAAUAUGGCAAAAUUAUCACAUACGGAUUCUAGACGAAUGUAUUCCUGGUGGUGGGAUAGCCAUAUGAGCCCAAAAAAUUCAAAAUGGCUCCAGGAGAAUCUCACAGAUAUGGACAUUAAGGUCAAAUCAAUGAUAAAACUGAUUGAAGAGGAUGCCGAUUCGUUUGCAAGGAGAGCUGAAAUGUACUAUAAGAAAAGGCCGGAGCUUAUGAAGAUGGUUGAGGAGUUUUAUCGAGCUUAUCGUGCACUGGCCGAGAGGUACGAUCACGCGACAGGUGUCAUUCGGCAUGCCCACCGAACAAUGUCAGAGGCUUUCCCGAAUCAAGAGCCAUUGAUGAUUGGCGAAGAAUCGCCUAUGAUUUCGACCCCGAUUGGGGAUAUCAUGGAUGAGUCUGAUUCAUGCACUGAAAAACAGACUCUGAAGAAGUUCAACGAUCGUAUCCGGUCAGUCGAGUGCAUAAGGGGUUUGAAUUUCGAUGAGGCCGAGGAGGAAUUACUGAAAGAUGGUAAUUAUAAAGAAGGCAAGUCUGAUGAGAUUUUAGCGUUAAAGGAAGCACUUGCAAGAGUAGAGGCUGAAAAAGAAGCUGGCCUCAUUCAGUACCAACAGUCUCUCGAUAAUUUGUCCCACAUCGGAACCGAGUUUUCUAAAUCCUGUGAGGAUUUCAAACUGCUCACUGAUCAUGCCAAGGAAGCUGAAAAUGAAGUAUCCAUCCUGAAGGACAUAAUCGCCACUUUAGUAGCCGAAAAGGAGUCUAAGCUUCGAGACUAUCAAAAAAGCAUCGAGAAACUCGAUGAAAGAGCCAAUACUGCUGAAAUCGAGGCACAAUCUCUGAAAGAGAGAGCUGAAAAAGCUGAAAGUGAGGUAAAAAAUCUCAGACGGACCAUAUCAGAACUGACCGAAGAAAAAGAAACUGCGGCCGAGCAGCUCCUUGUGAAGAAUUCAACUCUUCUUGAAGAGAAAGCUGCACUCGCAUCACGAUUGCAAGAGACGAACAAGAAUAUCGAGAUUCUCUCGAAGAACAACUCGGUGCUCGAGAAUUUCCUUUCCAAUGUUCACCACCAGCUUAAAGCUCUGAUGGCUAAAUCGAAAGUCUUGGAAGAUUCGUGCCAGUUUCUUCUAGACGAGAAGGCUGGGCUGAUGAAUGAAAAAGAUGAGCUGACUUCUCAGCUGCAGAACACUCGAACAGAGCUUGAUGAGUUGAAAAUGUCUGUGGAGGUUGAAAGGAGAGAAAAUGCGAGCUACACUCAGACGAGCAAAGCUAGGUUAAGUGAAGCCGAAGCUAAGAUGUGCGCUUUACAAGACGAAUUCUAUCAAGUUCUUGAUAAUUCCAUGUGCAAUGAAAUCGAGACGUUCGUCUUGCGCACAACUGCUCGGGUUCUGAAAGAAAAUAACUGCUUGCUGUUCAUAAAUAAUCAGAAAGUUCUGGAAGAAUACAGUUUUUCAAAGAAGAAGAUCUCACAGUUAGAGCAGAAGAAUGUCGAGCAACAAUCUGAAAUCAAAACUUUGGAGGAUGAAAAUCUGGGGUCAUCUGUUGAAUUGUCGGUCCUUAUUUCAUGGAUUAAGCAAUUAAUACUCGAUUCGAAAAAUCUUGUGACGGUUAAAAACGAGAUAGAGCAUGAGAGGAAUACACUGUUAAGUACUGUUGAGGAGUUAAAUGUGAAGUUGGUGGACAUGCAAAGAGAGAAUGCCUUUAUUGCACAGGAGAAAAGAUUCUUAGCGGAUAAUAUCCAGCAUUUGGAGCGAAAAAAAGUUGUCCUUGAAGAGGAAAAUCACGUUCUAUGUAGUAAAGUGUUGGCUUUAGAGAACCUUUCUUUGAUUUUCGAAAUCUUUAUGGAUGAGCAAUUUGUGGUAUUUAGAGAAAUCAGUGAUGAUCUUAUGAGAAAGUUGAGCUUGACAGAGGAAAAGUUGGAAGAAUCGGAAGCUGAAAAUCUUAAUCUCAAGGAGAAGCUACAGAAAACUGAGGGUGAGUUCAAGUUUAUUGCAUCAAACAGAGAUCAGUUAAGUGUUGAGAUUGAAAAUGGAAAGAAGUUGUUGAAUGAGAUGGCACUGCAGCUUCAUGAAGCAGAAGAGAAGAUAAGUCGAGUAGAAAAACAGAAUAUAGAUCUAAACGAGAGUCUGCAAAAUUUGAAAAUUAAUUACAAUGAGAUCAAGACGGCUCGAGUUCACCAAGACGAUCACAUUCUCAAAAUCUCGGCAGAUAAUGAACUUAUGAGGAAGGAGAAUUUUUUUUUAACAAAAAUGAGUCAGAAGCUCGAAGCUGAACUGCAGAAAUUGCAAAACGAGCAUGAGUCGCAAAAACUCCAUGAAGAAAAUUUGAGUAUUGAGGUGCACAACAAGAUGAACGAGAUCAAUGAAUUGGAAAUGCAAGUUGCAUCUGUUUUUGGUCAAUUGCAGUGUUCGAUUGUUAGUCAGCUUCUUUAUGAGCAGAAGUUUAACGAGCUCAAUGAUUUGUGUCUUGGCUAUAUCGAUCAAAACGAAAGCCUUAAAGCUCAGUUGGCUGGUUAUGAGCAUGAGAUUCUUCUGUUGAAGGAAUGCAUAUCAUCUCUUGAGAACCAAACCAACAUACAUAUCAAGUUUCCAAAUCCCGAAAAUGAGGAUCUGAAGGCUACCGACUUGCAUGGCCUCACAGUUAGGCUUCAAGCCUUCACAAAGGCGGCAUCUGAGCUGAAGAACCUAAUGUUGCAAGAAAAUACCAAUCUCCAAUCCAAGCUACACGACACCACAAAACAGCUCGAGUCCCUACAGUCCAAGAAUGGGCCCAAAAGACAAGGGCCCAAAAGACACGGGCCCAUGUCCGAGAUCACUAAAGACAUCAUCCUCGACCGAGUCUCCGAUGGCUCGCCUUACGGCCGCAGCAAACGUCAUACGGUCGAGCGCUGGGAGACUUCCGAUCCAGUCAGCAAGUCAAAGAAAGCAACCGAAACCGUUGACCUCCGCCGCCUCGAAUCGACCAAGAAACAGAAAAUUACGAUUUUUCCCCCGGACGAGUUAGAGUUAGAAAUAUCGAAUGUGUCGAGCGGCUCGGUCGGGCUCACGGUCAGCAAGUCAAAGAAAGUAACCAAAACGGUUGACCUCCGCCAUCUCGAAUCGACCAAGAAACAGAAAACUACGAUUUUGCCCCCGGAUGAGUCAGAGUUAGAAAUAUCGAAUUUGUCGAGCGAGUCCUUCAAGGAUGGGAAAAACAGCAGCAGGAGGAGGAGGGUCGUCCUAGAGAGGCUCGACUCAGACGUGCAGAAACUCUCGAAUCUCCUGAUAACCGUGCAGGACCUCAAGAGUAAGCUCGAGGCAAUCGAGAAGGGUAAAAGGGGAAAAGCUUUUGUCGACUGCGAGGCUCUCAAGGGGAAGCUCGACGAGGCUGACUCAGCAGUGAUGAAGCUGUUGGAGCUCAACGGGAGGCUGAUGAAGAGCAUUGACCACCACAGGUCGUUUUCUUCGGAAAAGUCAACUUCGUUUGACUUGGAAAACGAGGGGAGCUCGAUGAGGAGGGCUCGGAGAAUGUCCGAAAAGAUUGGGAGGGUACAGUUGGAAGUGCAGAGGGUUCAGUUUGUGUUGAUGAAGAUGGAUGAUUUGAGGAGUAAUAGGAUUUGGGAGGGGAAAAGAAGGAUUUUGCUGAGGGAUUAUCUGUAUGGGAGGUCGGGACAGGGGCAGAGGCGUAAAAAGACGCAGUUUUGCGCGUGCGUUCAGGCUUCGGCUGUUGAUGAGUGA